GCGGUCUUGCACGCGCAUGCGCCAGCCGAGGGCGCGCCCUCUUUUUUCCGGUGGGUCGUCGACUGAGGCGGUUUGUAAGUUUUGGGUUGCAGUAUGCUAGAAUUUUGAGGCUCCCUCCUGAUAAAAAUUGAGUUGUCUGUACAGCCAAGGAACUGGGGGACAGGAGUGAAGGGGCCACGGCUCAAGAAACUUACAGAUGUCCAAAAAUGAUUGAGAUAGAGCAGGCGGAGGCCCAGCUUGCUGAGUUAGACCUGCUAGCCAGUAUGUUCCCUGGUGAGAAUGAGCUCAUAGUGAAUGACCAGCUGGCUGUAGCAGAACUGAAAGAUUGUAUUGAAAAGAAGACAAUGGAGGGGCGAUCUUCAAAAGUUUACUUUACUAUCAAUAUGAACCUGGAUGUAUCUGAGGAAACAAUGGCGAUGUUUUCUCUGGCCUGUAUUCUUCCCUUUAAAUACCCGGCAGUUCUGCCUGAAAUUACUGUCAGAUCAGUAUUAUUGAGUAGAUCCCAGCAGACUCAGCUGAACACAGAUCUGACUGCAUUCUUGCAAAAACAUUGUCAUGGAGAUGUUUGUAUACUGAAUGCCACAGAGUGGGUUAGAGAACACGCUGCUAGCUAUGUCAGCAGAGAUUCUUCAUCUUCACCCACCACAGGAAGUACAGUCCAGUCAAUCGACCUCAUCUUCACGAGACUCUGGAUCUACAGCCAUCAUAUCUAUAACAAAUGCAAAAGAAAGAAUAUUCUAGAGUGGGCAAAGGAGCUUUCCCUGUCUGGGUUUAGUAUGCCUGGAAAACCUGGUGUUGUUUGUGUGGAAGGCCCACAAAGUGCCUGUGAAGAAUUCUGGUCAAGACUCAGAAAAUUGAACUGGAAGAGAAUUUUAGUUCGCCAUCGAGAAGACAUUCCUUUUGAUGGUACAAAUGAUGAAAUGGAAAGACAAAGGAAAUUUUCCAUUUUUGAAGAAAAAGUGUUCAGUGUUAAUGGAGCCAGGGGAAACCACAUGGACUUCGGUCAGCUGUAUCAGUUCUUAAAUGCCAAAGCAUGUGGGGAUGUUUUCCAGAUGUUCUUUGGUGUAGAAGGACAAUGACAGCAAAAGAGUAGUUGAAACUAUCUUAUCACUGUUGACCUUUUGCUUCCUCCCCCCCUUUUUCUUGAAAGAGUAAGUAAUUUUAUUUUAGUUCCAUUCUAGAAUGUUGGGGAGUGGGGGACAAGGAAAAAGCAGUAUAGCUGAAAUGCGUCUGUUAAAAAUAUCAUGAUUGAAAGCAGAACUGAGUUUCAAAUUCUAACCUUAAAAUUGUUGUUAGGUAUUUCUUCACAUAUCAGUUGCCCAUUUUGAAAAGAAAUUUAUUAUCCACAAAGGUAAUGUUGGUGCUCCAAUUUGCCAGCCAUUCCCAACCCACUCUUUGCUUACCUGCCUCCACUGAAGAACCCUUCAGAAAAGCUAAUUGCCCCCUUUCAGCCUCUGUUGCAACUAGCAACUAUCAGUGGCCUCAGAAAACAGCUUUGGCCUUGGGAUUUCUCAGAAAACUUCUGCUUCCUGAUUAAAGAUAUAUAUGCAGCUAGGCCUCCUCUUCCCCUUCAUGAUGCCGUAAACACCAAAGUGAUGGCUGGAGCUGGAGGAGUUCUUUGAACCAGAACAGAAGGAAGGGCGAAGAGAACCAAGAACAUGCCGGUUGCCACAUUGUUGAGCUGCUGACCCAACACCAGCUGCUGCCUAUCUCUAGAUGUCUUAUGAAAUAAAACCAGUUUUGUUUAA